AUGAGUCGAGACAAGUAUGCGGGAUACAAGGGAGUCGUGGCACGCUGGCCGAAUUUAGAAGGCAGGGCCCGACUUUAUCUCCGGCCGAGCAUGAAGAAAUUCGAGUCGGCACACACGACGCUUGAGAUCUGUUCGUGGACUCGGUUUCAGCCGGGUUUUUUGAACAGGCAAAUCGUCACGCUUUUGUCGGCUUUGGAAGUUAAGGACAACGUGUUCUGGGAAAUGCAGGAGAAAAUGGUCUCGGGGCUUGAUAGAAUACUCGAGGACACGGAUACGGCUUACGAUGUUCUCAGUGGUUCGUGUUCCGAUCAGGGGAAUACGGCUGCUAUAAUGCUAAGCGCCGGAUUCCGGCCACAAACCGAGCCUCACCUUCGGGGGAUGCUGACGAGCAUUCGUACAGCUCAGCUCGGGGACCUGAGGGAGAAAGCGAGAAUAUUUGUUCCUUCCGGAAGGUGGCUGAUGGGGUGUCUGGACGAGAGUCGGGUACUCGAACACGGGCAGUGUUUUGUCCAGGUGUCGACACCUUGUUUGGAGAAUUGUUUUGUGGGCCAUGGGCCGGAGUUCUCGGGGUAUGAUAGGAAAAUGCAGGUGGUUAGAGGACUUGUGGCUAUAGCAAAGAAUCCUUGCCUUCACCCGGGGGAUGUGAGAAUUCUGGAGGCAGUCGAUGCGCCGGAGCUGCAUCAUUUAUACGACUGCCUUGUUUUUCCGCAGAAGGGUGAAAGGCCCCACCCGAAUGAAGCUUCGGGGAGUGAUUUGGACGGGGAUUUGUAUUUUGUGACGUGGGAUCAGAAUCUUAUUCCUCCGAGUAAAAGGAGCUGGACGCCUAUGGAGUAUGCUCCUGGCGAGGAAAAAAAACUGCCGCGUGACGUGAAGCAUUCGGUAAAAUCGUACGCCUUGUGUAUAUCUUUCUUGAAAAUGCUUGUAUGUUGA